CAGCAGGAGCCGUAGUCGUGAUUGUGGUUGUGGUCCUGAUCGUCGUAGUCUUUCUCAUCUUUGUUUUCGUUGUUGUUGUUAUCGUCAUUGUGACGGUCGUGUCGGAAAGGCCUGAGCAAAAAGCGCCAAGUUCCCAAGUGCCGGUCAAAGUGAGACGGAGAAAGGGGAGAGUCUCGUCGGGCACAAGGAGUAUCCGAGAAGCAAAGCAGAAGAAAUAAAGAAAAGAAGGAAGAGCUCGCGCACCCGCGCGCGAGAGAGAGACAGAAAGAAAGAAAGAGUGAGCGAGCGAAAAGGAGGGUGGGAGGAGAGGACGCGCAAGAGUCCUCCUUGCUAGCCCGGCUCGAGAAGUGAAGAGAGGAGCGGGUGCGCGUACACGCGUGCCCUCGCGCUCCGGCGUCGUUGCCACGUUUAUAUGAGUGGCUGUGGUGGCUCGGGCUUGCGAGGCCGCGUCGCUGUCGCCGCUUCGAAGUAGAAGAAGAAAGAAAGAAGAGAAAGGAGGACGGCGAUAAUAGCCCAGCGUCGUAUAUAUACAUUGGUGAAGAAUAGGAGCAGGAGGAUAAAGGAGUGAGAGUGAAGCGGUGAUCAAGGGAGCCCCCAGUUCCAGGAAGCCCCGGGUCGGGCUUCCCGCGCAAAGCCCUCGGAGCCGAUCACGUGCUCGCGAGCGCUCGCUGCCGAGAGGCGUUGUUGCCUCCGUCGGGGGAAGAGCGCAGCCCAACCCGAGUCUCGCGCGAGCGCAGCGACGGAAGAUAAGGGUGCGGGGAGGAGCACCGUAGCGUCGCUCGGCCGCGUGGACCGCGAUAAUAUGAGCGCGCGCGUGCUUAACCCGGCGAUGAUGACGGAGAUGAGCCGAAACCUCGGCGUCAUGGUCGGGAGCAGCGGCGGUGUCGGUGUCGGCGUCGGCGUAGGCCGCGUUACGCCGAGUAGGGCCGCCCUCGCGCGGGUGCGCCGCGAACUCUUUGGGCCCGUGGACCAUGCGGCGGCCCGCGCCCUGACUGAGCGCGAGCUCCGGGCUCAAUCGAUGCUCGACGCCGAGCGCUGGGGCUUCGACUUCCGGCUGGAGGUGCCCAAGAGCACCGGCAGCUCGCGCUUCGAGUGGGAGCUCGUCACGGCGCAGGACGUCGUGCCGGAACCUUACGCCCUCCGGGGCAUGCCCUAUCUGAGGAAGCAUUCGCCGGCGACGCCCCGGAAGGCUACAAAAUCUGCGAGGUCCCCGCGGAACCGCAGGCUAAGCGCGGAAGAGGAGACGGUAGCGCCGCGGCUACCGCCGCCGCCGCUGGCCCUCGCGACCACGACGACGCUACUGACAAGCGAACGGACGCCUCCUCAGGAGGCCCGCGUUCCUCCCAUCGGUGAAAGGACACCCGACGUCGUACCCGCAAUCGCCGAGCUUAGCUUCAGAUCGAAGGACCGUAAUAAGAAGGCCGCUGCGCCACUGAGGGAACAGCCGAGCAGCACACCGAUGCUAUCACAUCCGCGAAAGCAAGCUUCCAUCACUGAUUUCAUGAAGAGCCGAAAGCGCACCCUGAACAGCUCAGGAAAGAGUAUGCUGGAGCCCUCGGAGAAGGUCUCUCGCAACGCCGGUCAGAUACGCAGCUAAGCACGAGCAACUUGAGUCGGACAAGAUCCGAGGGAGGACCCGAAAGAGAAGUAGCGGCAUCCUGCCA